AUUUCUAUAGCAGAUCAGCUCUGUUGACAACUUUGAUUGAAAAGACAAAGUCAUAAAAUAAGAAACUUGUUUAGAUUGUGUCAAAAAUAUAUAUUCAGCACUGUUACAACCAAAAGCAUCUGAUUUAUAUUGAAUGGGAUAAUGGUUGCCCCAUGUGAUGGAUAGUGAAUGCUGAGCGAUAAAGAAAUCACAACAGAUAUAUUUAUUUAGGUAAUUGAUGGAUAGAUCACAGGACCUGGGCACAGUGGGAUAAUUGACAAUCAUGGCGGAGGACCAGGUAGAUGGACUGGGGAUGUCCCGGCCCAGGGACGCCAACUAUGGGCUGGACGUGAUGGAUCUCCGCAAGAUCAUGGAGCACCACAAGCACGAAGGCUACGAGUAUGUGCAGGAGAAAUAUGGCGGAGUGUUGGAGCUAUGUAAACAACUAUACACCUCACCCAAUGAAGGUAUUUCUGGAUCACCAGUAGACCUUGAGGAUCGGCGGAAGACUUUUGGGUCCAAUGUGAUUCCUCCCAAACCCCCCAAAACCUUCCUCCAACUGGUGUGGGAAGCCAUUCAAGAUGUCACCCUUAUAGUUCUUAUAGUAGCUGCUCUUAUCUCUCUAGGAUUAUCAUUUUACCCCAGAUCGGAGCAGGAAGGUGGUGAUUCCUCGGAAUCAGAGGCCGGUUGGAUCGAGGGUGUGGCCAUUCUAGGAGCUGUUGUAGUGGUGGUCUUAGUGACAGCUUUUAACGAUUAUCAAAAAGAAAAACAAUUCCGUGGACUACAGAGUAAAAUAGAGCACGAACAUCAAUUUUCUGUCAUCCGAGGGGGACAGGACAAAAAUAUUCCAGUAGGAGAAAUAGUUGUGGGAGAUAUAGCUCAAGUUAAAUAUGGUGAUUUGUUACCAGCUGAUGGAUUAUUAAUUCAGAGUAACGAUUUGAAGGUCGAUGAGAGUUCAUUAACGGGAGAGUCCGACCAUGUAAAGAAAGGGGUUAAAACGGACCCCAUGAUGUUCUCAGGUACUCAUGUGAUGGAAGGAAGUGGAAAGAUGUUGGUGACAGCGGUUGGCGUCAACUCACAGACAGGAAUCAUUUUUGCCCUUCUUGGUGCCUCAAGUGAAGAAGGAGAGAAGGACAAAAAGAAGGAGAAAAAAGACAAAAACAGGUUAAAAGGCGAGGAAGGAAACGGAGGCACACGUACGAAUACGGCCGGCCAGAACACUCCAUUGCUUUCUAGUGAUGCUGAAACGAAAGUGGAUAUUGAUUCGAUUAAUCCUGUUAUUACGGGUAACAACUCCCACAAUAAUGCAACAAAUGCAAACAGUAAGACAGGCAAUCAGGGAGAUGAGGAGGGGAAAGACCAGAAAGCCAAAAUCGAGACCGCCCGCAAAGAAAAGUCCGUCUUACAGGGGAAAUUGACCAAGCUCGCCAUUCAGAUUGGAUAUGGAGGAACGGCAGUAGCUGUAUUGGUGGUGCUGAUUCUGAUUGUGAAGUUCUGUGUGAUAGAGUUUGGAAUUGAAGGCAAGAGUUGGGGGGCUGAUGAUACCGCUAUCUAUAUAGAGACAUUCGUCUUCUACUUCAUCAUAGGAGUGACUGUGCUAGUGGUAGCUGUCCCAGAGGGCCUGCCGCUGGCCGUCACCUUGGCUCUCGCCUACUCUGUCAGGAAAAUGAUGGACGACAACAACUUGGUGCGACAUUUAGACGCUUGUGAGACAAUGGGUAAUGCCACUGCCAUCUGCUCGGACAAGACAGGAACUCUGACCACAAACAGAAUGACUGUUGUCCAGUCUUACAUUGGAGGAGCCCACUAUAAGAGUACCCCCAACUUCAGUGCCCUGGCCCCAACUCUACAGGAUCUUAUUGUUAGGAGUAUAGCUAUUAACAGUGGUUACACCUCAAGGGUCAUUCCUGACAAAGAUGGAGGACUCCCACAACAGCUUGGUAACAAGACAGAGUGUGCCCUGCUGGGAUUUAUCCUUGACCUUGGUCAGCAAUACUAUCCAAUCAGAGAUGAGGUUCCAGAAGAAGCCCUCUUUAAAGUCUACACAUUCAACUCUGUCCGCAAGUCCAUGAGCACAGUCAUCAACAUGAAGUUUGGGUACAGGCUGUUCACCAAAGGGGCAUCUGAAAUUGUCUUGAAAAAAUGUAAUUACAUUUUGGAUUGCGAUGGUAAGCCAAAGCCCUUCACAAUGGAAGACCAGGAGAAGAUUGUAAAGAAUGUGAUUGAACCCAUGGCUGGAGACGGACUCAGGACAAUCUGUGUCGCCUACAAAGAUUACCACACUGAUUCAAGUACCAAAACUGAGGAAAAUGAGGUGAUUUUGAAGCCAGACCAUGAUUGGGAAGAUGAGGAUUCCGUCGUACGAAAUCUGACCUGUAUUCUGGUUGUCGGUAUCCAGGACCCCGUCCGAGAUGAGGUCCCUGCAAGCAUAAAACAAUGUCAGAGUGCUGGAAUAACAGUAAGGAUGGUCACAGGAGACAACGUUAACACAGCACGAUCCAUUGCCACCAAGUGUGGUAUUCUGACUCCACAUGACCAUUUUCUUGUUCUAGAUGGAAAGGAGUUCAACAAACGUAUCAGAGAUGCUAAUGGAGAGGUUAGCCAGGAACUUCUAGAUAAAGUUUGGCCAGACCUGAGAGUUUUGGCCAGGUCAUCGCCCCAAGACAAGUACACUUUAGUAAAAGGCAUUAUAGACAGCAAGAGAUCAAGCAGCCGAGAAGUGGUGGCAGUUACUGGGGAUGGAACCAAUGAUGGCCCAGCCCUCAAGAAAGCUGAUGUUGGAUUUGCUAUGGGUAUCUCAGGAACAGAUGUAGCAAAGGAGGCGUCGGAUAUUAUUCUGACAGAUGACAAUUUUACCAGCAUUGUCAAAGCUGUAAUGUGGGGCAGAAAUGUCUACGACAGCAUCGCUAAAUUUUUACAAUUCCAGCUCACUGUCAAUUGUGUUGCUGUGAUGGUGGCUUUCUUUGGAGCAUGUAUUAUCAAUGACAGUCCAUUGAAAGCUAUCCAGAUGUUAUGGGUUAAUCUGAUUAUGGACACCCUAGCAUCUCUAGCUUUGGCCACUGAGCUGCCCAGCCCAGAACUUCUAAAGAGAAAACCUUACGGCAGAACCAAAGCUCUUAUCUCCCGAACCAUGACAAAAAAUAUUUUGGGACAUUCUAUUUAUCAGCUUAUUGUUGUAUUUGUUCUGUUAUUUGCAGGAAAUAAUUUGUUUGAAAUUGAUGAUGGAAAAUAUGCGAAAAUCCAUGCCCCUCCAUCACAGCACUUCACUAUUAUAUUUAAUACAUUUGUUAUGAUGACAUUAUUUAAUGAAAUUAAUGCUCGAAAAAUUCAUGGGCAGCGUAAUAUUUUUGAAGGAUUAAGAAGAAAUCCUGUAUUUAUAGGAAUAUGGAUUGGUACAUUUGUAGCACAGAUAAUCUUAGUACAGUUUGGUGGCACUGUAUUUUCUACAAAGGCACUAACAUUAGACCAGUGGUUCUGGUGUGUGUUUUUAGGAGUAAGCACAUUAUUAUGGGGACAGAUAAUUACAACUAUUCCAACAUCUGUCAUACCAAAGAACAUCUGCAAGAAGGGUAAGAAAUCCCUGGAGGUGGAAGAUGAAGAAGAGGAGGAGGUAGAAGAGGUGGACGGAAUGCCGGGACGCCGCGGACAGAUCUUGUGGAUCCGAGGCCUGGCUCGUCUGCAGACUCAGAUCCGUGUUGUAAAUGCUUUCCAAAUGGACUUUGACACUUCCCAACUAGACAGCUACGAUAAGAGGAGUCGACCUUCAGUAAUUAGUCUUCAAUCAUUACAAUCAGCACAACACAGGUCGGCCAUCUCUAAAAAACCCAAUCUGGCAAGUUCGCCGGAAAUAGACGAGGGAAACAAUCGAUCCCCUCUAUUUGGAAGACAAGACAGUAUCCCCUAUGCUGAUGAAUAAGCUCAUAGAAAAUACUAUGAAUUUAGGUUUUAUGUAAUUUACUCUUUUGGAAUAUUCCAUAGACUCGAGUCAUUCUUAAAAAAAAAUCACACGUUUCUAUAUUUUAUAUAACCCAUUUGUUCAUGCAGACCAACAUUCGCAACUUGCUCUCACAUACACAUGUAUAUUACUCUUCUGAUGUUUUUCUCAAUUAUAAUUAUAUUUCUUUAAAAAGUUAUGCUAAACGGAAUAUAUUUUGUCACGGACUUGCAGGAGUAAAAGCUAAAAUGAUAAAAAAACAACAACAUUUGUUCCAAUUGUUAACAAUUUAUUAAGAUGAUUGCUCAUUUACAUGUAAAGAAAAAAAAAGCAGUGAGAUGUUUUGCAUGAGAAUUGGAUGCUCUGAGACAUAUUCAUCUCAUUUGAACGUGUAUGCAUAAUGACAUUGCGAUAUAAUAGCAUGCUAUAACAUAUGGAACAUAUAUUAAGUUGCUUAUACUGAAAUCAGUAUAUCUCCCUGUGUCGGUUUAUAUUCAGGAAACAGCAACAAUAAAUGGGUCAAGCCAACUCUAAAAUUUUAUUCUUUCCCCUAAUUUUAUGAUGUUUAAUUUAAUUGUUCGAUACUUUAUAUUUAAAAAAAUAGAGGACUAUAACACAGAUAUUAUAAUACAAUAUGAUAUGGAUAAUAUAGUAUUUUACAAGGAUAAGUUUGUGAGGCAGCUACGGUAUGUAGAGUGUUAUGUUUCUGAUAAGAGUACUUGUUGAGUUCCUACACUAUAAUACACCAAGAGUGAUAUUGACGACCUAAUUUCUUCUGAUGAUCUUCCGUAAUCUUGAAUUAUCUCACGUUUGUUGUAGACUUCGUAAAAAGUCCAGACCUUUCAGGAAAGAAGUUCCAGUAUCAACCGGAAGCGGAAGUACGUCAUAACGAGACUAUUAAAAUGUCUGCUUUACAUGGGUUUAACAUUUGGCAUUUCGGCGACUUUUACAGAAGGACAGAAUUUGCGCGCCAUAUUGAUAUAUAUCCCAUAAGCCACUUGUAGCAUAGUGUCAUGUGUGGCAUGUCACCUUGAAGGCAUGAAGGCUCUCUUCACUAACCUAUGUAUAUUGGUGUAUAUGUUACAAUCACCUAACAUUAUUCCUUACCGGCGAAAAGUAAUGGGAUUUGGCUGAUGUGUUUGAUUUUAUAUAUAUAUUCAAUAUCAGACACUGGCAUGCAUGUAAAUUGUCAAUUUAAUCUUGCAGUGAUUUGUUUAGAUAGUCCUCAUUGUGAACACCACAUAUUUAUUGGGUUAUGUUGCAUCUGUUUUAUUUUUUGACACAAAUAUCACGUAUCUUCGUUGUUAUAAGUUAUGCAUAUUGCAUACUAAAUGCUGUUCAUGUUGUCAAGAAAUGAAAAGGUCUUGAUGUAUAAUUUAUGUGCUAUUUAUUCUGUUCUAUUUUCAUGAUCACGAAAAUGUGUUAAAACUGCUAGAAAGAAAAAAAAUUAUUGAAGUGCAAAUUUAGUGGAGGCUUUUUUAUGUUCAUUGCAAAAACGUUGUGACCUCUAUUUCUUCACAAGUUAGAAGGAUAACUUCCUACACUCUAUCGUUGUUGUUCUGUAUUUGUAAAUGUUACCAUGAAAAAAAAAAUCUUCUCCGUUUGUUAACUGAGUUGUUUGAACCCUGCACUUAAAUUAUUUUUGUCUGAAAUCACCAGAAAUACCAAAAACGAAAAAAAAAAAAAUACAACUAGUCAAACACACUGUGAUACACACAUGAAGAAAAAUAGCCUCAAAGUUACUGCAUCUGUACUUAUAUACCGGAAAUGUGUCCAAAGUUAUACCAUUUCAUAGAAUGGUAUGGUAGUAGAUUGUAUAUAUAUAUAUAUACAUGUAUAUAUACUUGUCUAAAUGGAAUGUUAGGAAUUUCACCUUUUCUGUCUGUUGAGGUUUUCAGUCUUGUACAUGUGUAUCAUAUCCUGUUCCAUUAAGUUUGAUUUUGUGUGUAGAUUAAGCAUGUUGCUAACGUGUGUGACGCUGGUUCAUGUUGAAAACGAGGCUGCUGUCCUGCUGCUUUUACAAGAGAAUCCUAACCUGAUCAAUUAAAAUUUUUGAUCCUACCUAGAUUAUUGAACAAUCCGCCUAGACACCUACAUGUUAAGUGAAAUUCAUUUCGAAAAACCACAGUCUACCACAAAUGCAAAUUAACUGAAAUUCAAACACAUGUAAUGCGUUUUAUUUUGAUGACGUUUUAUAGAUCAUUACAGUAAAUCAGGAUUACAGUGGUUGCACUUAAAUAACUAAAAUAAAUUCCUAUGAUGACAACAGAAUUUUAUAGUUCUCUAAACAAGAGUGAAGAUAGAUGAUUUCCCCCCAAAGAAUUGUUAAAAUUUAUCUCUGCUUUUUUUGCGUCACGUCUUCACAAGACGAUAUUAUGUUAACAGGUGACGCCAUAAUGCUUGUUAAAAUGUUUGUAAGAGUGGAAUGCGAUUUGAAGAGUACAUAUAUAAAAGUUUUGUACAAGGUUUUGUGAUGCAAGAAAACAUGGUUUAUAUAAUUUAUUGUGUUUUUAAUCCAAAAAGUGUGUUGUAUUAGAAACAUGUUGAAAUAAAGAAAUAACCUUUAUACAAAACUAAAAUAA